AUGAAGGCUUUCAGUCAAUUGCUUUUGGCUCUAUCGCUUGCAUCAGUGGCUGUUGCAGCAGCAUCUUGCAACACAUCGGCCCUGAACACGACCACUUAUAAUUAUUACAUCACGGUGGAUGACACAACAGUUUUUGAUGUUGCACGUGCCACCAAUCGCGGUGUUUGUGAUAUCGGCCGCCAGAACCUCAUGGCGGAUGUAACUAUUGUUCCGAAUGUGGGCGAGUACUUCAUCAUCCCUCCCGAGGUGUGCGAGCCAGACAAUACAUCCUGUCUCUUGCCAAACAUCAAUGCUACACGCACCUGCAUUUACGGCGGACCUCGUCUAUACUACACCGUUCGAGGAGACACUUAUGAAGUGAUUGCCCGCCGACUGAACAUCACGGUGGAAUCACUGAUGCACGUGGAUGGGCCUGCAAAUGAGACGUUAACCAAUCCUACUUCCCCGACGGCGGAGUUGGAUGUUGGCCAGUUUAUCAAGGUGCCUCAGUGCGAUCCUAGUCAGUGUGUCAUCCAGCCUUACGUCUUCAAAUGGGGUGUAUACAAGGACCUUGCAGAGAAGUAUGGCACUACAGUGGGCCAGAUCAUGAUGAUGAGCCCGACGUACAACUACAGCAGCUUGGCUUUCUCACCUGAGGGCAUGUACCCUCCGAUCAACCUCCCGAUUAACUGCACGGCAUUGUCGAACAACAUGACUACCCUUGAUUAGUUUUUUUUUAUUGGGGGUUAUGUGGGAGUUGUGUCUUCAUCAUCAUGUACUUUAUGAUGUCUUGCGUGGAAGAAUGGGGCGUGCCGUGGACUGCAGUAGUGGAACAGAUGCACAGGAUACAAAAUAUGCUGCGAGAAGACACGGACGACAAGCAUAUACUUGAGACGAUGCUACAUAUCAUUUUUGUAUUGUGCAUUGUGCGCAAACGAUACUGUAUAUAUGAG